CCGCCAAACGCCACCAGCUUCAUUAUCAAAAUGCCUCGUCUAAAAAAGUCGAAAGGAAAACACGGUUCCGUUUUAUUUAAAUGUUAUAUUUAAUUGUUUCGUCCUUGCCGACAUCAGGGCGGAGGUAUACUCCCUCCCGGGGGAGAUAGGUCCGGGUCCAGCGGUUAGCAUCCGCUUAGCUUAGCCGCGCAGCUGUGGUCCUCCGGAGCGAGUAAAGCGGCGGUUAUCUCGCCCCGCAGCCCGGACAUGGACGAGUUAGUGAGGCGUCUGCCCUCGCCGACUCUCCCGGGGAUGCACCUGCCGUGUCCGGACACCCACAAAGGCUGGCUCUUUAAAUGGACCAACUACCUGAAGGGCUACCAGCGCCGGUGGUUCGUCCUCAGCAACGGCCUGCUGUCCUACUACAGAACGCAGGCAGAGAUGGCGCACACCUGUCGAGGCACCAUCCCCAUGGCGGCCGCCCACAUCGAGCUGGGCGACACCUGCCACUUGAUGAUAACAAGCGCGGGACGCAGCUACCACCUGAAGACCACCUCUGAGGGGGAGUGUCAGCGCUGGGCGUCGGCCUUGCAGCAGGCCAAGGCCAAUGCCACCGCCUUGAUUCAGCACUCGGGUCACAUAUGA